CAGAAUUGAGGAGUGGGGAUAAGGAAUCUCCCGGAAUCUCCUCGCGCUGACUCGCACGCAGUCUCUGACCAUACUCUUUGGAAUAGGGCGGGUCCAAAGAUCUGUUUUCCAGCUACAAACUAUAAUGGUGGCAGCAGUGGAAGCCAGUUCUGACGCGAAACUGCGAUGUGGAUAGGGGGUGUACACAGGCGCUGGAAGAAAGUAAAAGCCCUCGUUUCCGGGUGCUUACUAGCUGAGUGAGUGUUACUGGAAAGUUCCCAUUUGAUUACUAAGUUCUUCUAUGAACAGUGGAAAAAUCGAAGAAUAUUUUAUUUUAACGUGCAACUACAUCCAAGAUAUUGUAGACAAUUGUUUUCUAUAUUUUUACUAGUUAGCAGUAUUUUGUUUGUGUGUAUGACAAAGUCUUUUCAAGAAAGGGUGUAUUGUGUAUGUUUCAUUGUGUGGAGCUUAAAAUAACGCGGACAAGCUCGUGUGGAAAAAUCAUAUUUGGUGCAUAGUGUUUGUACACUAGUGUUCAACAAAUUGAGAUUCAUCAUGUUUUGCUUCUGGGGAUCUUUGCGUGCUCUGAUAUUAUGGUAUUUAUUAUGUUCUCUUGCUGAGGUUUCAAGUGCUUUGCAAUGUGAAACAAAGUCUAUCUUCGGUACUGUAUUGAAUUGCGCAGAUGAUUCGGAUAGUCCAUUUUGUUGUGAAAGAGACAGUGGCAUUGUAUACUGUUGCGAUUUGGAUGAUUAUGUUAAGUUGAAUAGUUGGAAGUUUGUUGUAUAUAUUGGAAUUGGCAUUGUAAUUGUAAUAGUAAUAGGAUGUGUAGCGUGUUGCUGCUGUUGCCCGUGUUGUAUGCUAUAUAAACGAAGGCAUCGAGGAACUGUAUAUGGUCGUGUUCAACAACCUAGUACAGUUUUGACUGUGCAGACAAAUAGUCCUGCACCUCCAAUUGUGCCAGCUCAAGGAAAUGUGCAUAUGCCCAACACCAUGCCAAUGCCUAUGCCCAUGCCAAUGGCUCAGGCAGGUGCAGUUCCAAUGCAAGCACACGUGGCACCAUAUCCUGCAUAUCCAGGUCCAACAGGAGAUCUUUCAGGUCAACAUUCUAUGCCACCUCCACCAUAUAGUGCUGUAACUAAUGAAGGUUAUGCUAAGCAAGCACCCUACAACCCAAGUUUCUACAAUAAUUAAUAUUGUCUAUUUUCAUAAUUUUGAAUCAAGAGGUUUUGCAGCAUAGCCUGCACAGAUGAAUUUGAGGCACUGUGAUUUUGUUAUUUUGUGGUAAUUUGUGUUGUCUGUAGAACAUUAUUGUGUUUCUGCUGAUUGUUACGAAUACUGUGGAAGACAUGUAUUGCCAUUUUAGAGAAAAGAUUCAAGAGAAUGCUUAUGAGCAGUGGCAUUGCAUUGCUGUCACCAGGGUCAGCAGUUUCAAAUCUCUUCUUUUUGGAAUCAUUUCGUUAAAUAGGAGUUUUGUAGCUUAUUAUUUUUGCAUGUUUGAAUUCAUUUAUUUAUUCCUUUUAAUAAUGCGUAACAAUCUUUUUCUUUGUGCUUCAAAUAUUUUAUCAGCUGGUGUUGUUCUUCGAUGUCAUUACUUGAAGAGAUGCACCCCUUUGUCCCUGGUGACAUCAUUGUGAAAGUCAUUUACAGUUACAGUGUAAGAUGUUUUGUUUGAUAUAGACUAUUUCAUAUCCUAAUCUGUGGAGCAAAUGGUGGAUCUUCCAAAGAGUGUGAGACAAAGAUAGAGAAAAUAUAUUUUAGACUGAAAGUCAGGAACAAUUUUUAGUUAGUUACAUUUCUUACAAAUUAGAUUCGUAAAGGUGCUAGUUUUGUGGAUGUGUGCUGAUAAAGGACCAAAAGUGUUAUUUUAUAAUCAUAUUCUGAGAUGUAUUGAUUCAUAAUUUGCAAUUUGUAGGCAAUAAUUGUACGAUACAUCAAUUGUCUUAAAAUUUCCUACUGUUCACUGGCGUGAUAUGGAUUCAGGAACCAACUGUAGAAUAAAUUGUAAUAUACUACACCUGGUUUCCAUUAAAGUGAGACUGAUAUAAAUUUUAUCUUAAUGCAGUGAAUCUGGUAUUUUUAUAAAUCUAGAAAAAGCACAAUGGAGGAAAUUCUAUGCAUUUUAUUCUUUUAUUUAUAUUUUAGUUAAAUAAACAUUGCCAAAUGUGAAGAGCUUUCUGCUACAAAUUUAUUAGUUCAUUUCUUUGUGUAUUGCAUAUAAGUGUGCAGAAGAGUGGUGUGAUCUGAUUUUUGAGUUUCUUGAGCGACGACAAGAUAAUUCCCUGCUUAGAAAUGUGAGAUUGAUCAUAAUUCGGACAAUUCACAAACUAUCGUGGAACAGACUUCAUGUCAAUCCUGGAUCUAUUAGGUUUAAGUUCAUUCUAUUUUUGUAUAAGUAGUAUUUUUUGACAGUGAAAUGACACGUUUAUCACUUUACUUGCCAAAAAAUGCCUUUCCCUGAUGAAAUCAAGAAUAACAAGGCAAAUAGAAAUUGCAAAUCAUGUGCAAUGUCUUCUGCUCAUUUAACAUAAUCACUAAUGAAGUAUGGCUCAAAAUAGUUGUAGUUGAAGAAAUGUAUAUAGUAAAAUAUUUGGGCAAUGGAAUCACAUUGAAUUCAUUAUAUUGUGAAUCUAUUUUGAACAUCACUGCAACAUUGUCUUCUAACAUUUGUGUGAAUAGAAGUGUCUAAUUAUUACAAUCCUCUAAUUAGAGUUUAGUUGGUGAAUCUUGUAAAAAUAUUAUUUUAUAAAAUAUUUUAUUUUUUAAGAACAUACUAUUUCUAUAUUUUUAAGAUUGAACUUGAAUCUUGCCUUCAUUUUUGUUAAUAAUUUCAAUCAAUAUCUUAAUGUCUUUGAGACAUCACAUAUCUUGCUUGCUUAAGAGACUAAGAAUUAUUUUCAGUCCUCCUUGUGCCAUGUAUGAGAAGGUUUCUAUCAUUUUUUUAAUCUGCAAUUUUCACUAGUUCCUUUAGUUUUUAUAAUAACUUUUGAACAUCAUUCAGUAUUUUAGUUGUCAUGCCUUAUGAGUUUGUAAUGUACAGUAAGAAUGGUCAUGUACUUCAAUGAGUACCAGUGUACAAAUAUUUCAUGUGGAAACGUAAGAGUUCUGAAGAGAAUAAAGGCAACUAAUUAAGCUUUUUCUUUUCUUCCCGUUUUAUCCUUCAGACCAAGCCUUUCCAAGUAUUCUUGGUAUUCAUUGCAUAACUUUUUGAAUUAAAAAAAGUGUUUAUUGAUAAAAUUUUCUGUAUGUUCCUUUAUUUCAUGUAAAUGAGUACUUGUAUUGAAAUGAGUGUAGAAGUUAAAGCUAUUUCUAAACAAAUUACACACUCAAGAAAUACUGUUCUGUUAACAUUUGGUGGUAGCUGUCAGGGCUCUGCUGUAGGGACUUCAUAAACUAGAAAAAGGGAUAUGAAAAAUACACUAUUUCUUUCCUUAAAUAAAAUGUAUAUGGAAUCAAGUGUCCCAGAGAGAGAGUAUAAAUUGAGAAACAAAG